AUGGAAACUUUUACUUCAAACAGCGGACUAUCUUCUAUUCUUACUGGAAACAAUGUUUCACAACAGCCUGGUCGUUUGUGGAGACCGUGGACUGGAGAUGCGAACAGAAGUGCCGUACAGAAGGCUCAUAUUCACGGAGACCUUUCUGCUUCAAAACAACCGAAAACUCCUCAGGUCGUUCAUCCAGUGAAGUUGUACUGGCCCAAAUCCAGAUGUUUCGAUUAUCUGUACCAGGACGCAGAGAUGCUGCUGCGUAACUAUCCGGUGCAAGCGACCAUCUGCCCGUAUGAAGACUCCAGCAGCGAUGAAGAGAGCGAUGAUGAAGAGGAGGAGAUGGAGAAAGAGCUGAACUGA